AUGUCACAGUCGCCAGUGUCCAAGUCAGUGUCCAAGUCAGAACCUGUGCUGGAGAAGCAAGGCACGUCUCCAGCAGGGGAUUCUGUAGAGGCGGAGAUUAAUGGGGAGGUUGCAUACGACGAAGAUGAUAUGCCAAUUCCGCAAGGUAUUGUAUCUGUGAACGAAGGACAACUAGAGCAAAACGAGUCUCUUGACUUGAAUUUAGACAAUGCAAACAACCAGAUUUGGCUGGUGAGGUUGACUCCACAAUUAGCGGAGUUAUGGAAAAAUGACGAAUUUUUGGACGGCCAGUUGUUAGGUAAUAUAAAGAUCCCCCAAAACUCGAUAGUGAAGCCAAACCGUAAUGGCAAUAGCAAUGGCAAUGUUAACCAAAGAGGUACAAGUGCUAAGAGCAACAAGAUUUUGCUAGAAUUGAACACCGAUAUAGAAGAACACCGUAAGUUGGAUAAGGAAUACGAAUUAAGGCUCUUGAAACAAGUUGUGGAAAACGAAUAUGCAUUCAGUGAGUCUCAGUUCCGUCAGUUCAGACAGAGGUUGAUGUACAGAACCCAAGUUGUGAAUUUGCCAGCCCAACCGAAAAUGAGAACCUUGAACAAGGAAGCCUUGAACCAUGAGGCUUCAUGGACGCGGAAGGUUAGAAACUACAGGAAGGAGGCCCAGUAUAGGGAAAUGAGGGCAAAUGACCCAACCUAUCAGUCCAAGAGGAACGAAAGUGGUAUUGGUACAACAGAGCUAUCAGAUGAUGAAUCAGAUACAAAACGACGUGGUCGUCGUUCCGCCAAGUUUGAAAAAUUUGAAAAAUUCAGGAAGUUCAUACCGUAUGCAAAGACAAUCCCUAAGAAGACAGAACUAGUUGGUAAGAUUGUGCACGAAUGUCAAGUUAUUCCUACGCAGUUAGCCGGUGACAAUAAAUUGAGGAUGAUUGAACAACGGAAAAGACUGAAUCAAAUGGUUAAGCGUAAGACUAUCAACUAUCUCAAAUCUGAGAGAGUUGGUUUGAUGCAUGGUAGGGCAACUCCAAAUAUUCAAACAGGUUCUACCAUCACGUUGUCCAAGGAACUGGCUAUGAAGAAAGAAGCCGCAAAGCAAGAAGGCCGUUCUGCUAGAAUGGAUCGUGACACUUUGAUGAACGUCCUCUUCAGAUUAUUCAAUGAAUAUGAAUAUUGGACAAUGAAGGGCCUUCGAGAAAAGACAAACCAGCCAGAGGCGUAUUUGAAGGAAUGCCUUGAAAGUGUUGCAGUCAUGGAACGUAAAGGUCCGUAUGCCUUAAAAUGGAGGUUGAAGGAUGAAUAUCGUAAAUCCAUCAGUGUUGAAAAGAAAGCCAUUCACGGCUCAAUCGAUGAAGACGAGGGCGACAAUAGCCAAAAGGGCAGAGGCAAAGACGAUGAAGAAGAUCAAGAUGAAGACAUUGAAAUGGAGGACAUUGCUGCCGUGUAA